AUGGACAAAUGGGCCUUUAUGGUCGUAUUUUUUCCGUUCAUUGUAAUCUUCACUGCUCUGCUGGUUGUUAGUAAGUCUUAAAAGAGCAGAACCAUGUUUGUGACUAAAGUUUUAGUCCGCUGCCGGUGCAUAUUCGCGCUCCAGGACUUGAAUGAACACGAAGAAGUCACUAGAAGCGCCACCUUCUCGAUCACCAACCUCCCACCGGCGCCUCCUCCCGAAGAAAUUCCGAGUCGAAACGAAACCAUGCUUGAUGAUGAAUAG